AUAAUAAUAAGCUUUAAUAUGAUAUGAUCUAAGUUAAUUAGUAUUAAGAGUCCUAAUUAAUCUUUAAAUCUCAAAUCAUAAAUUGAAAUUUACUUCAAAUAUUCAAAACCCUUUUCCCCAAAUCAAAAAUUCAUUCUCUCUCCCAAAAUUGAUGAUCCAAUUUUCGUGUUGACUUCAAUCCAUGGCAGUAAGCUUCAAAUUCAGAAGCUCCUUGAUUUUUGACACCGUCCAUAUCGACGAUGGUCGACCUUCAAUUUCUGUUCGCGAUCUCAAAUCCAAGAUUACCCGAUUCAAAAAUCUCAAUUUUUGUCAAGAUUUUGAUCUUCUACUAUCUGAUGCUCUCACUGGUCAAGAGUAUAUUGACGACAACUUUCAAAUUCCCGAUGGUUCCAGUGUGAUAAUCAAGAGAGUUCCUGCUGAAUUGGUUCAAGGAAACAUUGCUGGACCUAUCUCUAAUCCACACGAGAAUCUUCGGAUGAAUGAAACCUUGAAGCUCAAUCCAUUUAAUUCACAGAAUGCCGAGACACUCGAUUUUGAUGACUUUGGGGUUGAUUUGUAUCCUGUUGAGGCGACCUUAUCUAGUUCCAAUCUUGAUGAGAAGAGGACUUGCAUCAAUAGUGACCCUCCGAAAUUUGGCACUGCAUCAAUAUGUUCCGAGUCUCCUUUGAAAGAAUGUCAGAAACUUGAUGGGAGCGAUCUCAGUAAUGCUGUUCCAGAAUGUCCUGCCAAUGAUGCGAAUGAGGGGGAUUUGUUUCAGAAGAAGUCGGAGCCUAAACUUCAGAAUGAAAUGAAAAAGGUGGAUAACACAAAAGCUCAAGCUUUGCUAGAUGUCAAUCUCCCUUCAGAGCUUAAAUGCUCCAUCUGCAAUUUGUUUUUUAAGGAAGCGGUGAUGAUUCCUUGUUGCCAGCAUAGUUUUUGUCAUAAAUGCAUUUAUCAAGUGCUUCUCGAGAAGAAAAGUUGUCCUAAAUGUUUCUCUACCAAAUAUAGAGUACAAGAUCUCUUGCCAAAUCUUUCUCUUAGGCAAGCAAUUGAGCAUUUUCUUGAGUCCCAAAAUUUAACUGCUGAUUCAGGCAACGAUUGUCAGCGAUAUGCCCCUGAUGGAGAGUCUGGAAUUCAAGCUAAAGAUGUCUCAUGUGGUGUGUCCGUCUUUCGAAGAGCAUUAGAGUUGCCUCACUCUCCCUCUGAAACUGGGAAGGGAUCAAAUCAUAUAUUUGUAGAAUCACCUAGUAAAUCAAAGUUGCCAUUUAAAAUGAAUGUGUACAACCAUUAUGGAAGCAAUGAUACUUUGAAAUCACCUCCUUUGUUACACAAGAUGAAGCAUAUAGAUAAAAUUGGACCCGGGGAUGUGGUGGAUUUUGAUGAUUUCCAAGGAGAAAGCCAGCCCAUGUUUGAUGAAGUGCCUGCUGCUAAAUCUAUGAUGAAGAGAAAGAGGGAAGGCUGGACUGAUAAUGAAGGUGGACAUAUGACCAAUAUUGAGUCUGCAAAACACAAAAAGGGUGCUCGAACAUGCUACUAUUGUGGCUCUCCAGACCAUUUCAUUAGAGAUUGUCCAGCUGCUAUAAUAAGCCCACGUCCCAUGCCUCAGACUGGAAGUGCUAUGUUUCCUGGGACUAUGCCAAGCUCUGUGCCAUACUGGAAUGGGUCUCCUGUGCCUUAUGCGAGGCCGUAUGGAAAUUUCUAUGGCAAUGGUGGGAUGAUACCUUUUAAUGCGUCGUUUUUCCCAUCUGUCCCUUAUGCUGUUCCUACCUAUGUGUCACCAAUGUAUCACCCGGUGCCUACUUUUGGUGGGUGCAUGAGGAUGGGAGGUGUAGCGCCUUCAGGAGGAACUAUUGAAAACCAUCGUGCUAGUCAUCCUGAGUUUUCGGGCUUUCAAGAACAUGAGAAGAGUCGAAUGCUUUCAAAUCAUAAUUUUAGGAGAGAGCUGUCUCCGACUGACAACCAAACUCGAGAUGUUGAUGAGCUGAGUCGUGUUGGUCGCAGAGAAAUAUCCUAUGAUCGCAAACCUCGUGAAAAGAUUUUGAGCUACUCAGCAGAUACCUCUGCACAAGGUUGUCAGAGGAAGCAUUAUCGCAGUAAUCACAUUGAUGAUGACCACCGUUCAGCUGAUGAAUAUCAUCACAAGAGCACUCCUUCAGUGGUUCGUGGUAGAGACCAGAGACAUAAUCAUCGGUCAGAAAGACUAAGCUCUGAAGUUGACAAUCUGCCCUGCAGCUCCAGUUGGAACGGAGAUGAGGGCGAAAAGCAUCACUAUAAGAGCUCGAAAAGGCAUGAUGGAGAUAGGGAGCGCUCUAGCACCAGUCGAAAUGAUGAUGAGAGGAAAACUCACCAUCAUAAAAGCUCUAAAAGGCACGAUGUAAGAAAAGAGCAUUCGAGUUCUAAUAUUGGUGUGAAAAAGCAUAAUCAAAAUCAUAAAGAAGCCGAGCGAAGUUUGAAAAAGUCCAAGUACAGGUCAAAGAGUAACAACUCUGAAUCAAGUUACGAGAGGUGGAAAAUGAUCAGCGGAUCAGAUGAAGAUGGUUCAGAAGACUAUCGGUAUUAUAAGAGGAAAAGAGGACACUGAAUAAGAAAAAAAGCUAUAGAGAGGGGAUAAUCAUUCCCGAGCUAUAGCGGUAUAUAUGAAAUGAAAUGAAGUACAUUUUCUACAAUUCACUGAUCACUCUGGUACACUCAUUUUUUUUGUAGGUAUUUGUAUAAAUUUGGUUUUUAAUCUCUAAGAAGAUGAUGGAUUUAUUAGGGUAAUUACUUUCAUACAAAAUUAGAGAUUCUUUCUGAGCUAAUAUUGGUUUUGAUGAUA